AUGUCUGGACACAACAAGGUUGCGUUUGCCUUUGACAUUGACGGUGUGCUGGUCAAUGGUAAGACCCCCAUUGCGGGUGCCCGUGAGACACUCCGCUACCUGCAGGACCAUGGAAUCCCAUUCAUCUUCCUGACUAACUCGGGCGGCGUCACCGAAAAGGUCAACCUGGAGAAGCUUGCGUCCCGUCUUGGCGACAUCACCUUUGACGAGACCCAGAUUGUCCAGUCCCACACCCCUUUCCGCGCCCUCGUCGAUGAAUACAAGGACAAGACGGUCCUUGUACUGGGUGGCCAUGGCGACAACAUCCGGCAGGCGGCCAAUGAGUACGGCUUCCGCAAGGUCGUCACGUCUUCUGACCUCAUGAUCCAGGAUGAGCAUGUUCAUCCGUUCCCCGAGAUGACCAAGGCCCACCAUGAAGAGUUUGGCCGUAAGGGCGAUGACACCCAGCCCCUUCGCAUUGCCGCCAUCAUGGUCUGGUCCUCCCCUCGCGACUGGUGUCUGGACCUGCAGGUCACCCUUGACCUUUUGCUGUCCUCCAAAGGUAUUGUCAACACCCGUUCCGACAAGAACAACAACCCGGACCUUGCUGACAAAGGUUUCCUUCAAGAUGAGCAGCCCAAGCUGUACUUUUGCAACCCCGACUUUGAGUGGUCCACCAAGCACCAGAACCCUCGCCUCGCUCAGGGCGGCUUCCGCGAGGCCCUGCUCGGCAUUUGGCAUCACGCCACCAAGGGCGCCUGUGACCUGCAGUACACCAUUUGCGGCAAGCCAACGCGCACGACCUACGAGUACGGAGAACGUGCCAUGAACGACCUGAUCGUUGCCAACCCAGCUCUGGACGGCGCCAAUGUCACCACUAUUUUCAUGAUUGGCGAUAACCCCGAGUCGGACAUUGCCGGCGCCAACACUUUCAAGACCCUGGGCAAUUAUCAUUGGCGUUCCGUCCUCGUCGAGACUGGUGUCUAUCGCGCUGGCACCAUCCCAACCCAGACUCCCGACCAGACCUUCAAGGACGUCACCGAAGCCGUUCAAUGGGCUCUCAACUCCCCUGAGAAGGCUUUGCCCAUCCGCAUCCGCAAUGCCGCGGGUGAAAUUAUUGAGGGUUAA